AUAAAUAUUGCUGAAAAGGAAGGCGUUACAGUGUCAUUAAUUCAUAUUAAAUAUUUUGCUGCGUUUAAUUUGAGUCGUGUGCAUAUAAAUCGCCUUCUGAUUGUGUAUGUAUGUUAAAACAAGGAUACUUUAUAAAAUAACAGAUUCGGCAAAGGAUAAGACCAUAACAAAUGGCCACUAUAGAUGGAAGACCGGCGCAAUAUGGUAUUUCACUUAAACAACUGCGCGAGCUCAUGGAGCAUCGUGGCCGUGAGGGUGUAAUUAAGAUUGCGGAAAUUGGUGGCAUUCACGAAUUAUGUAAAAAGUUAUACACAUCUCCCAAUGAAGGCCUAAGUGGAUCGAAAGCUGACGAAGAGCAUAGACGUGAAACAUUCGGUUCUAAUGUAAUACCACCGAAGCCACCAAAGACCUUUUUGACACUAGUCUGGGAGGCUCUUCAAGAUGUGACCCUUAUUAUUUUAGAGGUAGCUGCAUUAGUAUCGCUUGGUCUAUCAUUUUAUAAACCCGCCGACGAGGAUGCGCCUGUUUUACAGGAGGAGGAAGAACACCAUGGUUGGAUUGAAGGAUUGGCCAUUCUUAUUUCUGUUAUUGUCGUAGUUAUAGUGACAGCUUUUAAUGAUUACUCAAAAGAAAGACAAUUUCGAGGUCUGCAAAAUCGUAUAGAGGGCGAGCACAAGUUUUCAGUUAUCCGAGGAGGGGAGGUGUGCCAAAUUUCAGUUGGUGAUAUUCUUGUUGGCGAUAUCGCUCAAGUUAAAUAUGGAGACUUAUUGCCGGCUGAUGGGUGUCUUAUUCAAAGUAACGACUUAAAGGUGGACGAAUCUUCGUUGACUGGCGAAUCUGAUCAUGUCAAAAAGGGGCCAGAUGUGGAUCCCAUGGUUCUAUCCGGCACGCAUGUUAUGGAAGGAAGCGGAAAAAUGGUGGUUACAGCCGUAGGGGUAAACUCACAAGCUGGUAUAAUUUUUACGCUCCUUGGUGCAGCAGUUGACGAACAAGAAGCGGAAAUAAAAAAAAUGAAAAAGGAUGCGAAAAGGGCCAACAAGCAAAAGAAUCUGACAGGUGAAAGCGACGGUCGAUCGCAAAUAAAGGGGUCUCAAGCGCCAUCUCAACGCCAAACAACCACAAGUGAGGUAACCAAAUCUGAGUCUGAAGGGAAUCAUUUGCCGCAAUCAUCGUCGUCAGCAGCGGCUGAGACAGGACAUAAAAAAGAGAAAUCUGUGCUUCAAGCUAAACUGACAAAAUUAGCUAUACAGAUUGGAUACGCAGGGUCGACCAUUGCCGUGCUUACAGUUAUAAUUCUGAUCAUUCAGUUUUGCAUUAAAACGUUUGUUAUUGACGAGAGGCCAUGGAAAAACACGUAUGCUAAUAACUUGGUGAAGCAUUUGAUAAUUGGUGUUACAGUAUUAGUAGUGGCCGUUCCCGAGGGUCUUCCCUUGGCAGUAACCCUAUCUCUUGCAUACUCUGUCAAGAAAAUGAUGAAGGACAAUAACUUGGUUCGUCAUUUAGAUGCGUGUGAAACAAUGGGUAAUGCCACUGCCAUUUGCUCUGAUAAGACUGGUACACUUACCACCAAUCGUAUGACUGUUGUACAAUCCUACAUUUGUGAAAAAUUGUGCAAGGUGUUGCCAACCCUUAGUGAUAUACCACAACAUGUAGGAAAUUUAAUUACAAUGGGUAUAUCUGUUAACUCGGCUUACACCUCAAAUAUAAUGGCUGGGCACAACCCAGGAGACUUACCAAUUCAAGUUGGCAAUAAAACGGAGUGUGCUCUUUUGGGGUUUGUCCAAGGGCUAGGUGUGAAGUAUCAAUCUAUUCGAGACGAAAUUACAGAGGAUAAAUUUACACGCGUGUAUACAUUUAAUUCUGUUCGUAAGAGUAUGGGCACAGUGAUACCCCGUCCUAACGGAGGGUAUCGGCUGUAUACUAAAGGAGCUUCAGAAAUUAUUAUGAAAAAGUGUGCUUUUAUCUAUGGACAUGAGGGCACUUUGGAGAAGUUUACAAGAGAGAUGCAGGAGCGUUUAAUACGUGAAGUUAUCGAACCAAUGGCCUGUGACGGUUUGAGGACUAUAUCUGUAGCAUACCGCGAUUUUGUGCCUGGCAAAGCCGCAAUUAACGAAGUGCAUAUUGAUGGCGAACCCAACUGGGAUGAUGAGGAAAACAUUAUGACAAAUCUUACAUGCCUCUGUGUGGUUGGUAUAGAAGAUCCUGUUCGUCCCGAAGUACCAGAUGCAAUAAGAAAAUGUCAACGCGCUGGUAUAACCGUUCGCAUGGUCACUGGAGACAAUAUUAAUACAGCACGUUCAAUAGCCAGCAAAUGCGGUAUUUUGCGUCCCAAUGAUGACUUUCUUAUUCUGGAAGGCAAAGAGUUUAAUAGGCGUAUUCGGGAUAGCAACGGAGAUAUUCAACAGCAUCUUAUUGAUAAAGUAUGGCCCAAACUCCGAGUUUUAGCACGCUCAUCCCCAACUGACAAGUAUACUUUGGUAAAAGGUAUCAUUGACAGCACCGUUAGUGAAAACCGAGAAGUUGUUGCUGUAACUGGCGACGGAACAAAUGAUGGCCCAGCUUUGAAAAAAGCCGAUGUAGGAUUUGCUAUGGGUAUAGCCGGAACAGAUGUUGCCAAAGAAGCUUCCGAUAUUAUAUUAACUGAUGAUAACUUUAGCAGCAUUGUUAAAGCUGUAAUGUGGGGACGAAACGUAUAUGACUCCAUAGCUAAGUUUUUGCAGUUUCAGUUAACAGUAAACGUAGUAGCUGUAAUUGUUGCAUUUAUUGGUGCGUGUGCUGUUCAAGAUUCACCGCUUAAAGCAGUACAAAUGUUGUGGGUAAACUUAAUAAUGGAUACAUUGGCAUCACUUGCCUUAGCAACAGAGUUUCCUACACCAGAUCUAUUGCUCCGUAAACCCUAUGGCCGUACUAAACCUUUAAUUUCCCGCACAAUGAUGAAAAACAUAUUGGGUCAGGCGCUGUAUCAGUUAAUAAUAAUAUUUGGACUGUUAUUUGUUGGUGAUGUUAUACUCGAUAUUGAAUCUGGACGCGGACAAGAACUAAACGCUGGACCAACACAGCACUUUACUAUUAUCUUUAAUACCUUUGUCAUGAUGACUUUGUUUAAUGAAAUAAACGCUAGAAAAAUCCAUGGGCAGCGCAAUGUCAUUGAAGGCCUUCUAACAAAUCCCAUAUUUUACACCAUAUGGAUAUUCACUAUGAUAUCACAGGUGUUAAUCAUCCAAUAUGGUAAAAUGGCUUUCUCGACAAAGGCGUUAUCAUUAGAUCAGUGGCUAUGGUGUAUAUUUUUUGGAAUUGGUACACUUGUCUGGGGACAGCUGAUUACUUCAGUGCCUACAAGAAAAUUACCUAAAAUAUUAUCGUGGGGUCGCGGACAUCCCGAGGAGUACACAGAUGGAAUGAAUUUGGGUGAGGAACGCUUUGAUUCUAUUGAUUCUGACAAAAAGCCUAGGGCUGGACAAAUUCUUUGGAUUCGUGGACUAACUCGCUUGCAAACACAAAUUUCAGUACCGGUAAUAGGCGGCGAAUUGCAAGAACGCUUAAUUCCGGUCCCAUAUAGCAAGAGCAACACUGAUCAAGCAAUUCGUGUGGUAAACGCAUUCCGCCAGGGUCUGGACGCCCGGUACGGGGAUCACACAAACACAUCCCUAGCAGAGGUAUUGCGUAAGCAGACUUCGUUGAGCAAACGCCUUUCGGAAACAUCUUCCAUUGAGUAUGCCGAUAAUAUACCUGAUGAGCUGACCAUACCCGAAAUAGAUGUCGAACGCCUAUCAUCCCACAGUCAUACUGAAACCGCAGUUUGAAGUUCAUUGGCAUCCAUAUCCAUAGAAAACAGACAAACCGCACACAUUCUUAAAAAUAACAAUUAAUAAAAAUCCCUGGCACAGCUUAAUUGUGAGUUUAUAAACAAUUUCAAUUAAAUUUUUCUACAAAUUUGUUUAAAAUACCAGAAAAUGCAGCUAUGAACUGUUUAAAAAUCAUUCUGUAAUUCAGCAAAUAAUAAAAAUAAAUCCGUACAGAAAGUGUAUAUUUUCGAUUUUGUUUGUUAAUAUGUGUGCUAACAUAAUAUAAAAGGUACUUAAAAUUACUAUAAUUAUAAAGCAAAGGCAGACAUACUUGAAUAUAACAAUUUUUCCUAUAACUAACUCAAAAUGAUGAAUGAAGCCAUAAAUUAAUGUUAUAUCGUAUUACAUUUAAUAAAUGCGUAACUUAUAAAACAUGUUUUUAUUUACUUACCCAUAGAAAAGGUUAAUAGCAAGAGCACGGAGUAUCAACAAAUUUUUUUACCGGUCCGAUGCUUACAUAAACGAUUUAAACGUUUGUGCUAUUUGGGCAAGGCCCCUCAGCUACGCUUUAGAGAGCAAAACACGAUUUUUUUCAUCUAAAACUACGUGUUUUAAGAGUUAAUACCUAUUUGUUAAGUUAAUGCUAAUUUUUAACCAUAAAAAAGAAAUUUUUUUGUUCUCUUUAAUUCAUAUUGGCAUAUUUAAAUAAAUGGUAUAAUCAAACAUAAAAGUACAAGUCUUCGUAAACCUUAAAAGGUAGCUCGGUUAAAAAAUUCUGGAAUUAUAAUAAGAUAGAAUUAGAUAAUUCUGAAAGAAUUAAUCACCUAGAAAAUCGUCGAUAGGUACUACCCAGAAUCAUACUAGACCAUAUUCAGAAAAAAUGAACUACUGACGGAUUUAAAUAAAACUCACAUUUUAUUAAAUUCUUUUUGCAGUGACUUAUGUAAUACCCAUUAUCGUAUUAUUAUUGGUAAAACAAUUUAAAUAUGUACACAAACUAAUUUAGCGUUUAAAUUCUUGAGCUUGCAAUUGUGGAUAAUUUUAUUUUAGUUUAAAACAAAUUAAAUAUUAUAACACGUUUCAAUAAUAAAGCAAUAACAAAUUAA